UGAAACAAAAUGGCUGACAAGUGGCGCAAUGUUGAACAUCUGCAGAGGAAACAGGCCAAUUUUCUCACGAACUACGGCAAAGUAUACGGAUAUGGAGGGAGAAUAGUGUAUCUGGACCACACAGGCACCACACACUAUGCACAGAGCCAGCUGGACGCCUACAUGAAGGACCUACAGACGAAUGUGUACGGGAACCCACACACCAGGAGUGCCAGUAGUCGCCUCACCACAGACACCAUCGAUCAACUCAGGUUCAGGAUUCUACAACACUUCAACACAAGUGUUGAAUGUCACAGUGUCAUCUUUACCUCAGGCUGUACAGGUGCCUUGAAGCUCCUUGCAGAGUCUUUCCCCUGGGAAGACGGGAGCAUCUUCUCCUACCUGGAAGACAAUCAUACCUCCGUCUUAGGUGUCCGCGAAGUUGCCGCCAAGGAAGGGGCAACAAUAGUGUGUGUUUCAGAAGAGGAGUUGCUAAGAUGUAGCAAUUGUGAUGACAAAGGAACUCUGCAAAACAGAACAAUGACUUCCAAAAAUAGCAAUAGCAUGGAAAACUGUGAACCAAACAACGGUGUUCCUUGCCAUUUUCCAGCAGAAACGGACACCUUCCAGGGAUCAGAGAAACUGGACUCCGGUAAUGCUACCUCAAGAAGCAGUGGUCAACCUCACCUAUUUACCUAUGCGGCCAUGUGCAAUUUUUCAGGACGUAAAUUUCCGUUAGACUGGUGCAGCAAAAUCAAGAGAAAGCAGUUUUCCUUGUGUGAGGAGAGUAGAGGACAGUGGUACACAUGUCUCGAUGCUGCUUGUUACGUCAGUACAAAUCAACUCGAUCUAAGUUGCUGUGAGGCGGACUUUGUGACUCUCUCCUUUUACAAGAUUUUCGGCUUCCCGACGGGACUGGGCGCGCUGAUCGUACGAAAGGAUGCUGAGGACUUGCUGAGGAAGACUUACUUUGGUGGAGGUACAGCAAUGGCUGUUACCAGCAAUGGAAGGUUCUACAUCCCUAGGCCAAAUCUACAUGACAGAUUUGAAGAUGGUACUCUUCCUUUCUUGGACAUCAUAGCUCUGAGACAUGGAUUUGAUACCAUGGAGAAGCUAACUGGAGGAAUGCUGCAUAUAUCCCAGCACACCUUCAGUCUGGCCCGCUAUGUCUACCUCCAGCUGACAUCACUCAAACACCACAAUGGACAGGCAGUCGCAGUCGUGUACACGGACACAGAGUUUGAUGACAUCAACACACAGGGCGGCAUUGUGAACUUUAACCUACUAAGAGCCAAUGGGGACUUUGCCGGCUAUUCAGAGGUUGACAAGCUGGCAGCCUUACAUGACAUCCACCUGCGGACAGGCUGUUUCUGUAACUCUGGUGCCUGUAGGAGAUACCUGGGGCUCAGCAACCAACAAAUCAAAGACAACUAUCAGGCCGGCCAUGCUUGUGGGGACGACAAAGACCUGAUUUCCGGACAGCCCACCGGUUCUGUCCGCAUCUCCUUCGGCUACAUGUCAACAUUUGAAGACGCACAGUUCUUUCUAGACUUUGUUCAAGAGUGUUUUGUAGAAAAGUCACCAAACACCACUGGUGCCAUGAAUGGUCAGAAUGAGCAGUACUACAAUACGGAGUUAACUCUGGCACCGAAUGUGCAGUCUACAAAUGAAGGGCUAGACACUGAGGAUGACAGGAGAGAAACAGAAGUGAAUACAAGAAGUACUUGUGCUAAGACAUCAGCAACCCUGCAGUCUUCAGGACUAAAAAAUGAACCUAAGAAGCAAGCAGACUGUCUUCAAGAAGACCGUAGUGUUUCCUUGAAGAAGGAAAUUGAGGAGAAAAGUUCCAAAGGCCAAGGACUGGACUCCCAAACUCACAGUGUGAGGGACAGUGAGAGAAGUGUGCCUCAGACAACCUGGGAGAAAGAUGAGCCGACAGAAAGUAGAGAGGUGGAAGUGCCAGCACAGCGGCACCUCACAAAUAUCUUCCUCUACCCUGUCAAGUCUUGUGGUGCUUUCCAGGUGAAGUCGUGGCAGCUGAGUGCUCGAGGCCUUCUGUACGACCGUGAGUGGAUGGUGGUGAAUGAGAGCGGUGUCUGUCUCAGCCAGAAAAGGGAGCCCAAACUCUGCCUGAUCAGGCCUGCCAUCUACCUGACUGAAGGGGUACUGCAGCUCUCAGCUGAAGGAAUGAAGCUGUUGAAUGUGUCCCUCACUUGUGCCAGGAUGGGGGAUGUGGAGGCCUCCAUGUGUCAGAGUAAGGUGUGUGGAGACAGGAUAAUGGGCCUUGACUGUGGAAACGAGGCAGCUGAUUGGUUGACAAGAUUUCUCGGGCGACCUUGCCGCCUUGUGCGACAGAACCCGGAUUCCGACAGGGACUGUAAGGUCAAUCGAGCUGGAGAUGACUCAUCCGAUGGAAAGUAUUCCCUAUCCCUGGCCAACGAGUCUCAGUACCUUCUUAUCUCCCGUGCAAGUGUGAGGGAACUGCAGCAGCAGAUUGCAGCCAACAGCAACAUGGUCAUCCCCAUAGAGGACCUUGUACUCCGUUUUCGUGGCAACCUGGUGAUUGACAGCAGGCAGGCCUAUGAGGAGGAUGAGUGGUCAGAAGUGAUGAUUGGAGGGCAGCAGUUUCAGUCUCGAGGCCAGUGCAGUCGAUGUCAGAUGGUUUGUUUAGACCAGGCGACGGCUCAGCGCAGCAAGGAGCCGCUCAUGACCCUGUUUCAACUCCGCAGCAAGAAGGUUCCAUUUGGCAUCCACCUAGUCCACAACAUGGCCGGCACAGAACCAUGCUGCAUACAGGUCGGAGAUGAGGUCACUCCUGUUACCAUGGCAACAGACUGACAACAAUCACUACGUCACUGAAAUUUGACUACAUCAAACACAACAUACGGACUAUGCGCUAGAGCAAUUGCUGCAAAGAAUAUGCACUUCGUGUUUAGAUUGAUCAAGUACUAUACAAAGUUACAAAAAAAUAGUGUCACAAAACUGUAAAAAAUGAUUGUUACAAAACUAUGGAAAUGAUUAAUUUGUUAUAAUUGUCACAGAACUGUUAUCAUAAAAUGUAUCAUACAUGUAUAGUUAGGCAGACCUUGUGUCUCACAGCCAAUUCAAUAAGAUAUUGAAGUAGAUGUUAUUGGCAGAAUGAAAUGUUUUAUUGUAAAAUAAGCUAAAUUUGAUGAUCUCUAGAAAAAGUAUGAGUGGCCUUAUCUUUGCACAGGGAAAUUUCAAAGUACAGUACAGCUAUUUGAAAUAAUAUUUUUACUUUUAAUAAUAAUAAUUAUAAUUUUUUUACAGACAUCCAAAGAUAUGGCCUCUAUAUAUCAUGCAAUGUUUUCAAAUAAGAUUCUAUGUCAAAACCCUAUGCAAUGGGCAAAAAUGCUGCUCAAGAAGUAUUAAGCCAAUGUUUAAGACUUAUAGCUAAUUACAUGCAUUUAAUUGAUAUAAAUAUAUAGUUUAGCUAAUGAUUCUAUUAUAUAUAAUAUGUCAAAAGAGAUUGAAG